CUCGGAUGUUCUGAAGUAUGAGAGCUGGAAGGGACUUUGGCACUAAAUUAGUCCAACUCUGAUCUUUGUUUAAAAACAACCUUUCAUUGAUACCUUGCGUAUCCUUCCCUCUCCCUCCCCUACAGAGCCUCCUUUUUUAUUUACUUGUUUAUUUUAAUGGUAGGUUUUUAUUUCCAAAACCUAUGCAAAGAUAAUUUUCAAUUUUCACCCUUGGAAAGCGUUGGGUUCCAAAUUUUUCCUCCUUCCCUCCUCCCCAUCACCUCCCAUAGACAGCAGGUAUCCAAUCUAGCUUAAACCUGUACAAUUCUAUCCACAUUUCCACAUUUAUCAUGUUGCACAAGAAAAAUUAGAUCAAAAAGGGAAAAUGAGAAAGAAAAAAAAAGGCAAACAACAAAAAGGUGAAAAGACUAUCCGUGAUCCCGUUCAGCGCCCACUUUCUGGCACAGAUGGCUUUCCCUCCCAUCACAAGUCUGUGGGAAUCGAGGGCCAUCUUUUUUAGCAAAGAAUAAGGCGGGGGAGCAGGUCAGCAAAGUCGUGUCCCCUCCCCUGAGGACAAUCUGCGGCAUUCGGGGCCAUGGCCUCCUCUUCCCGGUCAAGGAAGGAUCCCGGUUUCACAGCCAGGUCCGGCACUGGGAGCAGCCAGGUGACCCGGCUCCGUGAGGCACGAGGGACAGGAUGAGGGGCUCCCCUAAGAUCCUGGGGGGAAGAGUUAAGACUAAGGCCCAUCCGCGAGCCCGCGGCGGCUUCUGCCGGUCAGUGCCUCCGUGGUCCAGCCCAGCCCGGUCCUGCGAGCUGGGUCUCCAGCCAGAAGCAUUCUGGGUGCUUCCAAGCCAUGAAUGGAAGGGAAAGAAUGACUGGGGAAGGAAAAAAUCUGCCGUCUUGUCCAGUCUUGUUCACUGACUUUCCCUUUUUCUCCCAUUUCUACCAUGUGGUUUCCUGCAUAACCUGCUAUGGAUGGACACCCCCCCCCAUUCAUCUGGCAGCCCUGCCCCCACUCCCGGCCCAGUGCGGAUCAAGGGUCAGGGUGAGUCCGUGUGGAAGGACAGUCCCGGGCAGAUACCCAAGCCCAGCAUUUCCUUGUUUGAUUUUGAGGAAGUUGUUUUAGACACCAGCCGGACUGCUCUGCUCCUGGCCGGGACCGAGAGGCUCCCGGCCGCCCGGGCACGGGGACCAGGGAAGAUGAUGGACUUCGUAAGGAGGCUUCUGUCUGCAGAGUUCUUCGAGAUGCUGGAGAAAAUGCAAGGCAUCAAGCUGGAGGAGCAGAAACCGGGACCCCAGAAAAACAAGGACGACUACAUCCCCUACCCCAGCAUUGAUGAGAUUGUGGAAAAAGGAGGCCCUUACCCGCUGGUCAUCCUGCCCCAGUUCGGGGGCUACUGGAUUGAAGACCCAGAAAACAUCGGCACGCCAACGUCGUCGGACAGCAGCAUCUUUGAGGAGGAGGAGGAGAACCUCAGCCCCGGCAUGUUUGGCUACAGGCUGGAGUGCAAGGGAGAGGCGCGGGCGUACCGGAAGUACUUCCUAGGGAAGGAUCAUUUAAACUUUUAUUGUACUGGCAGUAGUCUGGGAAACUUGAUUCUGUCCAUCAAGUGUGAAGAGUCUGAAGGCAUUGAGUACCUGCGGAUCAUCCUCAGGUCCAAAGUGAAAACCGUUCACGAGAGGAUUCCCCUGGCAGGACUGAGCAAGCUACCCAGCAUCCCCCAAAUUGCAAAGGCUUUCUGUGAUGAUGCCGUGGGACUGAAAUUCAAUCCCGUCCUGUACCCCAAGGCUUCCCAAAUGAUUGUGUCCUACGAUGAACACGAAGUCAACAAUACGUUCAAAUUUGGUGUUAUUUAUCAGAAAGCCCGCCAGACGCUAGAGGAGGAGCUGUUUGGGAACAAUGAAGAGAGCCCAGCCUUCAAAGAAUUCUUGAGUCUGCUGGGAGAUACCAUCACACUACAGGAUUUUAAAGGUUUCCGAGGCGGCCUGGACGUGACCCACGGCCAGACCGGGCUGGAGUCGGUGUACACUGUGUUCCGGGACAGGGAGAUCAUGUUUCACGUCUCCACAAAGCUGCCGUUCACUGAAGGCGACGCCCAGCAGCUGCAGAGAAAGAGACACAUCGGGAACGACAUCGUGGCCAUCAUCUUCCAAGAAGAAAACACUCCCUUCGUCCCCGACAUGAUCGCCUCCAACUUCCUGCACGCCUACAUCGUGGUCCAAGCCGAGAACGCGGCUGGAGAGACCCCGUCCUACAAGGUUUCAGUCACUGCUCGAGAAGACGUACCACUCUUCGGUCCCCCCCUGCCCAGCCCCCCGGUGUUCCAGAAGAGCCCCGAGUUCCGGGAAUUCCUGCUCACCAAACUCACCAACGCCGAGAACGCCUGCUGCAAGUCAGACAAGUUCGCGAAGCUGGAGGAUCGGACCCGGGCAGCCCUGCUGGACAAUCUCCACGAUGAACUCCACACCCACACUCAGGCCAUGCUGGGGCUGGGGCCCGAGGAGGACAAGUUUGAGAACGGGGGCCACGGGGGAUUCCUGGAGUCUUUCAAGAGGGCCAUCCGCGUGCGCAGCCACUCCAUGGAGACCAUGGUGGGGGGCCAGAAGAAGCACCAGAGCGGAGGCAUCCCAGGCAGCCUCAGCGGGGGGAUCACGCACAACAGCGUGGAAGUGACCAAAACCACGUUCUCGCCUCCAGUGACGGCCGCCACAGCCAAGAACCAGUCUCGGAGUCCCAUCAAGCGCAGGUCAGGGCUGUUCCCCCGCCUGCACACGGGUUCAGAAGGCCAGGCUGACAGCCGGACACGCUGCGACAGCAUCUCGGGCACCCCCAAGACUCCCGACGGCGGCCAUUCCUCUCAGGAAGUGAAAUCGGAAACCUCGUCCAACCCCAGCUCCCCGGAAAUCUGCCCCAACAAAGAGAAGCCUUUCGUCAAGCUGAAGGAAAACGGGCGCUCCAGCAUCUCCCGCUCCUCGUCCAGCACCAGCAGCUUCAGCAGCACGGCCGGCGAGAGCGAGGCCAUGGAGGAAUAUGACAUUGUGAGCAGCCAGCCCUCCACAGCUUCGCCCUUCAAGCAGGAAGUCUUUGUCUACAGCCCGUCCCUGAACAGCGAGAGCCCCAGCCUAGUAGCAGCAGCGACCCCAGUUAUCAUGAGCCGGAGUCCGACAGACUUGAAGAACAGGAACUCUCCGAGGUCCAACCUGAAGUUCCGCUUUGAUAAGCUCAGCCACAGUUCCAGUUCCAGCACGGGUCACUAGUGGAAAAGAGAAGUCCUUCACUUGUCAAAGGGCGAUCCUGCCUCAGUCCAGGGAGACGGCUCUUCUUCCACCGAGACCUUGGGAACAUCUGCCCACUACACUACUCCCUGAAGCUGCUCCCGCGACCAGUGUCCCCUUGCCACCAGCUCUGAGCUGAGACCAGCCUCCCCCCCGGCGCCCUCCAUAGCCCAACCUUCCCCGACGUUCCCGGGGGUGGCGUGCCUGGGGCGGGCCCACCUCCUGCCGCUCUGAGAGGAGGCUUCUUGUACAUGUAGCACACACUGGACACGCUGCGGCCCAGCCCCCGGGCCCCUGCCCCUCGGUCUCUUUGUGGAUUUGUCCUGUGCCCUCCCCGCGCCGCGGCUGGACCUCCCACUGCUGUGCCCUGUGCGCUCUCCUCAGAGGAGCGCGUUCCACAAAAGGUCUCUGUCCCCUGAGCUUCCCCCCUGUGCCCUCUGGUGCCCACCAUGGUACAUCUCCAUCUGGUUCCGUCCUGUCUGUGCAUGGCGGGCAGAGGCUGGGCCUCGGGUGCCCAGCCUGACUGGUCUCUGAGGAGCUGAGUUAGUAGUGGGUGCUCUGCCCGCAGGCAGGCUUCCUUCCCCCUUCCUUGAGCAGAAGUCCACAUAAAGCACCAGGAAGGCCCAGGACUCACAUUGGUCGGGCCCGACGUCCGUAUUCCUUCCAGGGAGAGCCUCUGAUGAGGGGUAAGAGGCUCCUUCGGAUGCUCCUUUGGGAAGCAAGCUUGGGGAGGGUCGGAGGAAGACAGGAAAAGAGGGAGGUUGAAGCUAAAAAAGGGGGGAUUUGAAAGUGAGUGGUCUUUUCUAGGCUCCUGGAAGUGAUAUCAUCACAUCUCAAAUAAAGCGGCCCUGGGGUGGCUGGGGAAGAUGGCCCUGGUGGGGAUUUCCGUUCUCUUGCUCCCAGAAACCAAGCUUGGGAGGGUUCUGACAGAAUGAGCAGCACCCUUGGGCCAUGAUUCUCCAUCCCCAUAGGCUUCCCAAAGCAUUCAUUUGUUAACUAGCAUUUCUGAAGCACUGGCUGGGGGGGAAUCUGCCCCUUCCUCCUCUCCCAGCUUCCCGGGGAAGCCUCCAAGCACCUCAAGCAGAGAAAUGUGGAUUCUUUGUGUGGCCAAAGUCAGAUGUCUUUCCAGCCCUUUCCAGCUCUUUCCAUUCAGAGCCGGGGUCCCUGUCCAAGGCUGCUGGAAGGGGACUCCCUCAGCUCUUCCCAUCCUCCCCAGCUCUGCCGGGGAGCUCCUUGUAAGAAAGUCAGAGGCCAAAUGCAGGGGCAAGGAGGGACUCGGAGAGAUCACGGGGCGGUCAUCAGUCGGCUCGGUCCAGGAGGAAGGGAGACUGUGCCAGUGCCGUGAGACUUGGGCCCAAAGGCAGGUUUGUGGCCAUUUGGGGUCCACUCGUGGUCUGCCUCAGCAUUUGACUCCCCCAUCCCCCUUGCCCAGGCUGCAAGACCGAGAGCUGGAAAUCAUAGUGUAGAUCCAAAGCUGGAAAGGGAACCUUGGUGACUAUGGAGUCUCUUUUUUCUUUGCUGAGGCAUUUGGGGCUAAGUGACUUGCCCAGGGUCACACAGCCAGGAAGUGUUAAGUCUGAGUCAGAUUAGAACUCGGGUCCUCCGGGCUUUAGGGCCGGCACUCUACCCACGGUACCAUCUAGCUGCCCCAUAUGUAGUAUCCCUUUUUACAGAUGAGGAAACUGAGGCCCACGGAAAGCAAAGGGACUUAUUUAAAGUCACAGAGAUGGUAAACCUCAGAAGUAGGAUUUGAAUCUAUAUCCAUACUCCAGAGCCUGCCUUUCCAUUACACCAGGGCUAAGGGCCUGCUUUUGCCUCUUAGAGAUCUGGACCAAGGGGAACUCCCUGAGAAAUAUGGGCGGGAGAUGGGCUUAAGGUUCCCCCAUCAACUUAAUCUUAGACUUUCCAAAACAUUAGGGACAACAGCCAGCCCCACAUGCCCUAUUCUGUAGGAAAUAUCCCGAUGUGCCAUCAUAGCCACGACGGGCUUUGUUCCCAGAGUGUGCCUAGGAUCCCUUCCCCUUUUCCUGACCUGCACCACUAGCACGACUGACCUGUAGGAUUCAUCUCCAUGGGCUUCUCACUCUGGGGGAGUUCCCCUGCCCAGCUGGAAGGGCACCAGGUCACAGCGGGUUAUUUUGCUCUUCGUUUGUUCCCUUUAGUCCCAGGGGCUCCACUUCCCCAUAGACCAUCUUUAUUCCUAAAGAGUGUUUUCUCUGAUCAUAUUCAGUCUGUUCUCUCAACUUAGAAAGUAGAAGCUUUUCCUGAGGUUUGAAACAAACCAAAGUUUGGUGUGGGAGGCCCUCUGAUUCAGGAAACUGCCCCAGGUUCCCUUGGUGCAGAAGAGGCUGCGUUUGUGAUUUGAUUUUAGUGUCAGAGAGGAAUAACACCUUUGAAGAAGUGCAGCCUCAUUGCUUUCGAGGAGACCCACCGUCUCUAAGUCUUGGCCGGAAUUAACAUUGCCUCUGCCUUUCAAAAGAAUCGACAGGGCCUCGAUUUAAACCAAACUUUCAAACAAUUUCAUGAGGAACAGAAGCUUCUAGUGACGGGGAUCUUGGGACCCACGUGCCAGGGCCUCCAAGAUCCUCCUUAACAAGGGUGUCCAUCUCAGGAAGAGGUCUUAGACUGCUUUAAUGAAUAGAUCAGAGGCUCUUAAUUCCAAUCAAACAAUUCAUACGCAACGGACAUCUGGGCUGUUUUCCUUACCCAAGUUGAAGUGAACAGCUUUUCCUUUUCUUGAGCAACAGUAAUUUCCUACUGAUUUUUCCAUGAUAAGUUUUAGAACCCAUUGAUUUGGAAUUUGUAACAAUUCAAUACUAGGCCGGAGUCCUUUUAUAUGUUGUUAGAAGGGAACUUCAAAGUUACUUGCUAUGACUCUAUCUUUUGAAAGAUGAGGAAACUGAAGUUUUUUUUUUUUGUUUUGUUUUUACUCAAGACAACAAUCUGAGCACUUUGCAGAAAUAAUUUGCUCAAGGUCACUUAGUGUCAGAGCUGGGACGAUGACCCAGGCUUUCCCUCUCUCCAAGUCCUCUUUCCCCUUUCCCAUGGUACCCACCUGAGAUUUCCCUCUACACACUACCUAUAAGGAGAGGAGUUGGUUUAAAUAAAUUUUUAGUCUAAAUAAGAUGGAUCUUAUAAAGAAUCCUCUCAAAAGUUGACCUAGUCAGGUGCUCUGAAACAUUUCUUUGGCAGCACCCAUUUGUACAUAAAUAAUGUGAUUAUUACGUGUGAUUCUUAUCUUUUUCUUCAAGCAGGUCAGUUAGGACUUGGCCACACUUUUCAUUGUGUCUGUAUGUCCUUAAAAGUCAUAAGCAAUGUUUAGUUGCAGAAUAUUCUGUAUUUCUUUUCACUUGUCACUAAUUCAGCCUGAGCCUUCUUCCCCUAAUGCCGUCCUGUCCCCUCCCCAGGUUAGUCAAAUGAGUAAAUUUUGACUGUAGCUGCUCCCAUCUGCCUGGAAGCAGCAGUGCCUUUAAUCAUGAUUUGGGGUGAUUGCUUUUUUAGGUCGCAAUGUGUCUCCCACCUGUGGAGCCUCAGGCUCCAUCUCCUCAUCCCUCCCUGGCUGGCUCCAGGCCCCCCAGCCCACCUCCUGGCAGACAGUCGUCCAUCCUCACCACUGUCCCCAGGAGUUGGAAGCUGGGGAGAGUAGAGCAGCAGCCUUGGAGUCCCAUGUCCUUAUGGUUGACUUCAGUAGCUUCUGAAAUGGCCGCCCCCCACCUUGGGUCUGGCACCGAGACCCAGCAUCCUGUAAAUACUAACCCCGCCGGCUUAAAGUGUGAACACUAUCUGCUCAUCUGUGUCCCCGUGCCCAGGAGAAGGAAGAAAACAAGGUUAAGAACAAGGUUCUUCCUUGUCCCUCUGGAUUUCAACUUUGUUUCCAGUAUUGCAAUCCAAGCUUGGCUUUUAAACCAAGACUUGAUGGCUGAGUAACUCCUCCCGGUGGGGGCCCACAUGCCAGGGUCCCCUGAGAACUUCUCUCAGAAUCGCUCCUCCAGAAUGAGCAUUUCCUUCUCUGGGACUCGUGGCCUUUGGGGCUACUUUUGGGGUUUGCUGACAUCAGGUAUAAAGAGUGAAAAGGGAGCAUGAUCUGCUGGUUGUUCUUGCUCAGUUUUGCUCAUUUAGAUGGUUCCCAUGAAGGAUUGGAGAACCUGAUUCUUCACCAUUCCUGGUAAACCUUACUUAGAUCAGCUGUUUCUGCUUGGAAGGUGACAAGACUCUUCUUUUGGAGGAGUGACUUUGUCACUAUUUUAGAAGCCUUCAGAAUUCUGGAAGUUAGAGGCUGUUGGAGCUGGCAGUAAAUUGGAGACCAUCCAUCCUGCUCCUUCAUCUUACACAUGAGCUAAACCGAGGCCCAAAGACGCAAAUUAAUUUGCCCACGGUCACAUCGUCUCCAAGAUGAGACCAGAUGCCAGGUUUCAGCUCUCACAAUACAAGCUAACCACCACCGCUCUCCCAUCCCCAUUAGUUGGAGUGACUCACAUGAACGUCCUACCAAGGUGAAUAGUUGGACUCUCAAGGUUUGUUGCCUGAGUCAAGAAUAUGAAGGUCUGAUUUUCUGAGGUAGCGUGGACCUUGGCCCCAGAUGUGUACAGAGAAAGAGCUUAAUCGAUGGUUAGCUGAAUGAGGCGGAAUUGGAGGGAGAAUCUGUUGAUUUUCUCUAACAAAAAUUCCUAGGACUUUGAACCCACCAAGAAACAAAAAGUCCGAUGGCCUCUAGCUCUUACUCAUUUUAGUCAUUGAGGGUUAUGCUAGCUCCCCAAGCCCAAAUCUUUUGUAGGAGUCGGAACUGGGGCCAAAACUAAAGUAGCGUUUAAAUACACCUCAGUUCUCUCUUGGCAGAUAGCAAAGUAGUGUCUAAAGAUGUCUGUUCUAUCCCAGUGGUUCUCAAACUUUUAUUCUCAGUAUCUUUACACAAUUAAAAAUUACUUAGCUUCUGUCCAAAGAGUUUUGUUCAUGUGGGUUAUAUUUAUAGAUUUUACCAUAAUAGAAAUAAAAACUAAUUUUGAAUUUGAAUUUCUGGACCUCCCUUGGAGAGCCCAGUCUAUCCCUUACUACACCAGAAUGAGCAGAAUGAGAGGCUAGAUUUUUACUAAUCAAUUUAGAUGUUGCCCUAAAGCCCCUACAAAAACAUUUAUUUAUUACAUUCCUACCCCCAAGCCUAAGAAUGGUGGAAUUAUGUUGGGGGGUUUUUGGGGGGAAGCGAGGCUCAUAGAAAUAGACCCUCAAAUGAUAUAGACCAAAGGGAUGAACAUCCUCUAAUUUCCUGGGGUGAUGGUGAGUUAGUACUUGGAAAGCAGGGUUCCCAGGAACUUCUCCGGGAACAGAAGAGAGGUUACUGAGCAUCCACAGCCAGUUCUGCACAGAUUUUGUUUGUUCAAGCUCCAGUUCCAUUCUUUUCUCUUCCAAAUCCUGAGGAAGAGAAGUCAGCCUGUGAGGCUGGCCUUUUAAACCUUUGUGUAUGUAUGUCACUGGAAUUCCCAUCCUUCUGAGAGGAGAGCUGGGCCAGGCUACGGAAGUGUCGGUCGAUGGGAGCAGAGUAGGUAGGAACAGAGGGCCUUGAGUGACAAGAUGGCCCUAGAAGGAGGGUCUGGCUUCCUGCUUUGUGUCUAACUCCACUGGCGUAUGGGCGAACUCCAGAGCAACCGACUUCUCAUCCAUUCCUUUCUUUGUGACGUUCCACUUUCCUGAUUUUCUGCUAGAGUAAAUAAACCUGGUCCUUUCCAUUCCUCUCACUGAUCUCCUAGCAUGGUUAAAGACCCUUUUCUUUUUCAUAAAUGUCGUUUUGUGACGCUUUCCUAAGUGCAGCGAUGUUCACUGUGAAGAGAGUUCUUGAGAGCAAUGAAAAUCUCAGAGCCACAUUCAGCUCUGACCGUGGUGGUGAUUAUCAUGUUUCUUUUUCCUUUGUAGAGCGGAGAGGUGCUUUGUAAGUCCGAUUGCCUAUGCCCUGUAAAUAGUGUACAUUUAAUUUAUUGCUACGGUAACACGGUAUAUUGGUUAAUGUAUAAAACAAAUUCUAAAAGGUUCACAAAUGUAUAUUUUGUUGCUUAAAUGUGUCUUUGCAGAAAUUCACAAUAAAUAACAUAUUUUGUGUC